UGGUACGUCCCAGUCACUGUGCGAGCAGGAGAGGGAGGGUCAACAUGGCGUCCGAACAGGAGAGCUCCAAUGGGCCAGUGAAGAAGUCCAUGCGAGAGAAGGCCAUAGAAAGGCGCAGUAUCAACAAGGAACACAACAGUAAUUUUAAAGCUGGCUAUGUACCCAUAGAAGAAGAGCGUCUUCAUAAGACAGGGCUGAGAGGACGCAAGGGAAACAUGGCUGUUUGCAUCAUCGUCCUCCUCUUCCUCCUUGCCCUAAUUAACCUCAUUAUCACACUUGUAAUAUGGACAGUGAUCCGUAUUGGUCCGAAUGGCUGCGACAGCAUGGAGUUCCAUGAGACUGGCCUGCUGCGCUUCAAACAGAAGGCGGACAUGGGCAUCGUUCACCCACUGCACAAGAGCACAGUGGGAGGUCGUAAGGACCAGGACCUGGUCAUCGUUGGCAACAACAACCCGGUUGUGUUCCAGCAGGGCAGCUCUAAGCUGAGCGUAGAAAAGGACAAGACCUCAGUCGUCAGUGACGUUGGCAUAUCCUUCACAGACCCUCGCACCCAGAACACUUUCUUCAGCACAGACUUUGAAAACCAUGAGUUCCAUUUGCCCAAAGGAGUCAAAGUCCUCAGUGUGAAAAAGGCCUCCACAGAAAGGAUCACCAGCAGUGCAGCGUCUGACCUGAACAUCAAAGGGGACAGCAAGGCCAUUAUCCGUGGUAACGAGGGGGUCAACAUCAUGGGCCGGACUGUAGAGUUCAAAAUGGGUGGAGGCAUCGAGCUCAGGGCUGAAAACAGCAUCGUCCUCAACGGGUCAGUCAUGUUCAACGCCACACGCAUCCCUAACUCCGCAGGAGAUGUGUAUUUCGAUGAGGGUCUGGAGAGGUACAAGCUCUGCAUGUGUGCAGAUGGGACUCUGUUCCGUGUGCAGGUGAAAUAUCCCAACAUGGGCUGCCAGACAUCAGACAACCCGUGCAGGAAAGCUCAUUAGGCGUCUGGACUGGAAUCUGCUGAUUACAAAUUUGCAUAUAUAUAUAGGACAUUCUAUAGGAAAUUCAUCAUGACUUGCACAUAAUAAUACCUCUGUAGUUCACCUGGCAAAUUCUGUAUUCCUUAUUUUGUUUGCAAAGCAGGAAUUGUGUUACAGAUCGUUACCACUUGGCCAAAGAUAUUAACAUAUACGUGCUGAAGUAUUUUUAUUGUUCUGCAGAUUUGCCAACUUUAUCUGAAAGUGUAUUGUGCCAUGUAAGCACAUAGCACUUAUAUUUAACAUUAUACUGUGGUUUACAUCGCCCAUUGGCAGCAAUUAGAAGCUACAGUAUUACAUUUUUGCCUUACCGUCCAGUGUUACUAAAAUACACUCAGAUGGCAGUUUAUUAGGUACGCCUAGCUAAAAAUAUUACAACAGUCCUGCCAUAAAUCCUCUCCUGGUCAAGGUUAUAAUGUUCAAAAAUAAGCAGCCAAACACAGUCUCUCCACAAGCAGCGGCCCCGGAAGUAAAGUAGUAGUUUUAGCUAGGUGUUCCUAACAAACUGCCAACUGAGCGUACAGACCACGUAGAGGGCUUGUAUAUGAUUUUAUUUGCUAUUCUUUGUUACUGGCAGCUGUGUUUGAUAUUUUCUUUAUUAUUUUCACUGACUAAAGUAAGACACUACAAGAUUAUAUUGAGUUAUGCGACACUUGCUGAUGAAAUGCACAAAAUCUGGGUUGAACUGUAAAACUAAAUAUACAUUUUAAGCCAUUCAGUAAUGCUACAGUAGAAUAGGUCUCUUUCUGCACAUCUUUGACUGUCCAUCUUGCACGUGCCAAUGGAUUUACAAGGGAUGAUAUAUGAGAAAUUACACACACACACACGUACACAUACAUAGAUAUAUAUAUAUAUAAAAUAUUCUAAUUUUGUUGCAAAAGCUUUUUUACAGUGAGAUAGAGUGUUUGCACUAAGUUAAACUCCAGAUUAAUGCAGAUCUCUUUAAAUGUUCAUGAAUGUCAGGAAAGUUUAAAUCAUCAGUAGCUUGGUUUGACGCUUAUAUUGAGUGGUUUGAAUUUUUGUGCAAUAUAGUCUAUAAUUGAUUGACUUUUAUUUUGCCUUGGAUUGUCUUGUCUGUUUUAUAACAGUACUGAUGUUGAGAAUAUUUGUUAUUAAUGUCAUGAUGUAGUUUUUCUCAGAGCGUCACAGCCUGUUGCUAAAGAAUGGAGUGUUUAUGAUCCACUAAAUGGAAAAAAAAUAAAAAGGCAACCAGCCUUAUUUGUCCAACAUUUCACUGCUAUGUGCGUUUCAAUAAAGAAACAUGUUACGAUGUGAAA